AUGACGGGCUUUAGCAAUAAGGCCAUAGUAAUCGAUGGCCGCGGCCAUCUCCUCGGCCGCCUGGCCGCAGUGAUUGCUAAAGUUUUAUUAGAGGGCAACAAAGUUGUGGUCGUGCGAUGUGAGCAGAUCAACAUAUCUGGUAACUUCUUCAGGAACAAAUUGAAGUUCAUGUCAUUCUUGCGGAAGAGGUGCAAUGUGAACCCUGCCCGUGGACCAUUCCACUUCAGAGCACCCUCCAAGAUUUUGUGGAAGACUGUCAGAGGCAUGAUCCCACACAAGACAGAGCGCGGAAAGAGCGCACUCAGGAGACUGCGUGCGUAUGACGGUUGUCCGCCGCCCUACGACAGUCGUCGCCGCGUUGUCGUCCCAGCUGCCCUCCGCGUCUUCUGUCUGAAGCCUGGUCGUAAGUAUUGUCACGUCGGCCGUUUGUCCCACGAGGUCGGAUGGAAGUACCGUGAUGUGGUCCGCAAGCUGGAGGACAAGAGAAAGGUGAAAUCCAUCAAACGAGUUGCUUUCGAGAAGAAGCUCAAGAAAAUCACCAAGGAAUCCGGCGAGAAAGUUGCAAAGGCGACUGCGCCGUUUACACAAGUCAUCCAAUCCUAUGGAUACAAUUAG